AUGACGAAGGCGAAGAUCAUCUUCGAUAUCUUCGUGGAGGAGAUGUCGCAGCAGAGGGUCAUGAGACAGUUUGGAAUGCGUCAGUUGAUCGAGCCACCACCUCCCACAGUUCCACUACCACCACGCGUCCACGCGUACAACAGAAAAGGAGCGAACAAGACUGCUGUCGGAUGGGUACAGCUCCUGGGUCCAUACAUCGCUGGUUGGGCCAAUGCGCCGGCCGUGUCAUGGGCCACUAGGGAGCCGUUUGAUCUUCAGGAAUUUCAGCAGUACUUGCGAGCGUACAUGCCUAGGACACGACUUCGUCUGAGCCAGGCGUGUGACCCAGUUGAGAUGGCUCCCUCGACACAGUGGGACACCUACCCUCGCCACUCCACUUCAGGCACUCGGCAUCACGCAGCCGUGUUGACGGCGGAGCUGCAAGAUGACGCCGCCCAGUAUGAACGGUCGCUCUCCGCCGGCCCACUUCUUGGACGGUAUGAGCACCACGCCUCCUUUGCACAGCGUCUUCAGGAGAAACUACGUCGUAUCUACGCGACUAUCACAUGCACCCGAUCUUCGGAUGUUGUCGAGUACCGAGCAGCACAGCGGCCACCUCGCCCCUCUUUGCAGGUGCAUCAGCCGCGGCACGCCCCGCGCCCACGUAUGGAGGUACCGCCGAGCCCGAGGCCACCAUCUCAGAACCACUCUUGCCCUUCGACGAUGCAGCUUUCUUUCCCUUGGUGCUAG